AUGGUUCGUAAACUUAAGCAUCAUGAGCAGAAGCUUCUCCGAAAAGUUGAUUUCACAACCUAUGCAUCAGACAAUAAUCAUCGAGAUGCGGCUGUUAUACGAAGAUAUGCGAUACAGAAACCUGGAGAUUAUCAGAAAUACAAUAGACUAUGUGGCUCCCUCCGUCAACUCGCUCAUAAACUCACACUCCUCCCUCCCGAUUCCCAAGUGCGUCUAAAGCAGGAACAGAUCCUCCUCUCUAAACUUCACGAUAUGGGUAUCCUCCCCUCAACCGCUUCAACAUCCAAACUCUCCUCAGUCGAAUCCCACGUAACUGUUUCCGCAUUCUGUCGAAGACGUUUACCAGUAGUGAUGACUAGGUUGAGGAUGGCAGAGACGGUACAGGCUGCGAAUAAUAUUAUUGAACAGGGACAUGUCAGGGUGGGGACGGAAACGAUCACCGAUACUGCGUUCUUAGUUACGAGGGGAAUGGAGGAUUUCGUUACGUGGGUUGAUGGUUCGAAGAUCAAGCGAAAUAUCUUGAAAUAUAGAGAGAAGUUAGAUGACUUCGAUUUAUUGUAA